AUGGAUGACGUUUAUAUCGCGGCAACAAGAACCCUUUCCUAUCUCUCUCGUCUUCCAGUCCACGAGUUAGAGCCCAGAAAAGCUUUCUCGUACCAGAACGUAUUGCUACAAAUUUCUACACCUAAUGGUAUGGAACGCGAUGUCUUGACAUGGACACUGGUACAGGCAACAGCCUACUUCGCAACACAAUCUAAUCAGAACCUCACCAGCGCCUCGUUUAUUCCAUACACUGGCGACCAAGAAUUCGGCGUCCUAGCUUUUCUGCCAAUGUCGGCCAAUAAAUCAUCCUCAAGCAGCGACAUCCUGAAAUUGACCGGCGCGCCUGUCCAGACAAGCCUGCCGACCUCCGGCGCACCUACAACUACCACGGGCAACAUACUUCCACUAGAUCAAUCGAUACUUCCUCGUCCACAAUUCUUUUGGCUUAUGAGCAGCAUUUACGGCGAGCUCGCAAAACAGGCCAAAAACGGCACCUUUGGUGGCAUGACGUACCAACCGCCGGACAACCCUUUGACAGCCAGUGUGAAACUCAAUGACCAACGCUCCAGUCAAGCGCCACCGCUGACGGUACUGGAUGUCAUUAACGCGCUGGAUGACGUUACAGCAAGGUGUCUGCCGCCGAGGGAUUGUCACCCUCUUUCGUGUACGAUCUUUGCGACUCAAGGGCGGAGCGCGUAUGAGCUGGCUUAUGUUGAUAUCAUCAGCGCGUCUUCCGUCGGCGGAAGAUCGCUGGAGAGAAAAGUGUUUGUUAGAUAG